AUGAGCGCUCAAUUUCCUCGAAAAGCAGAACACCUGUACCCAUCAAAACUCGCUAAAGACCUCAUAGAGCAGCUGCAAAAGCUAAACCGCACGACAAGCUGCGAUAGCAACCCACAAGGAAACAACCACCACAAUUCGCGCAGGGCGUCUCCUCAGGGGCAGCCUGGUUCACUAGAUGCACGGCAUCGAGCUCGGCCUGUGGGACGUGACAGUUCUGAAGAGCGUCGAGCAGUCGAUUAUACCACGGAGCAGCUGGAGGCAGUUCGAAGAACGAAGUUGUGCAAAGACUACUACGAGGUGCUCUGCGUGAGUCGGGAUGCAGACGAGGUGUUCAAUAAGCAGUACCGUAAGCUGACACUACAAGUGCACCGCGACAAAAACAAGGCUCCUGGAGCAGGAGAUGCCUUUAAGGCGAUCGGAAAUGCCUAUGCUGUGCUCAGUGACCCUCAGAAGCGGAAACUGUAUGACAUGAAUGGAAACCGGCCACCUCAGCAGCAGAGCUGCACUGGUGAUAGCUGUGACUAUAGUCGGAGCUUUGAAGGAGACUUAUCUCCAGAGGAGAUUUUCAACAUUUACAAGAAGUUUUUCCUUCUUGGCGCGCUCCAGAGAGCGCGGAUCUUUUGGGUCAAUGACGCCGGGGUUUUUGGGUCGACCUCCAUUGCCUUCUCCGAGGAGCUGGACGAUCGAGAACCAGGCACCGAAACGCGCGUCUCAGGCAGUGAAAUUCGGUUCAGCUUUGGGCCCUGCGACACUGUGGUCUGCAGGCCCGUCUUCGAUGAUGAUGGCGCAGCACUGGCUGCAGCCAUCAAGGGGGCGGAUGGAGUUUCUACGGACACACUCUGUGUGGACCCUGUAGACUCCUGA